AUGGCAACGAAUCCAAGCGUCAAAGUCGACGACAUGGAUGAACUCAAGCGAGUCUUCACCCGCUUCGACACCAACGGCGACGGCAAGAUCUCCGUCACCGAGUUAGACAGCAUCCUCCGCUCUCUCGGAUCCACUGUCCCUGCCGACGAGCUCCAGCGCGUCAUGGACGAUCUCGACACCGAUCGCGACGGUUUCAUCAACCUCGAUGAGUUCGCCACCUUCUGCCGAUCCGGCUCAGCCGAAUGCGACGCAUCUGAGCUUCGCGACGCGUUCGAUCUGUACGAUAAGGAUAAGAACGGCCUCAUCUCCGCAACGGAACUCUGUCAGGUGUUGAAUACUCUUGGAAUGAAGUGCUCCGUUGAUGAAUGCCACACUAUGAUCAAAUCCGUUGAUUCUGACGGUGACGGUAACGUUAACUUUGAGGAAUUCAAGAAGAUGAUGAGCAAUAACCGUCCUAGUGGAAAUUGA